AGCGGUCGAAGUGGAAAACUCUGAUAAAAUUGAACGAGAAUCAGACGAAGUCGAUUCGACGAAUGGAGGCGAUAAAAUACCAAAUAUGUACGUAUUCGAAGGACAUGAUUACAAGAAAGAACGUGAGGCGUUGCUGAAGAUCGUUGCUGAAAAUGAUAAGGAUAACAAGGAGUUGGCUGGAAUAUCGGUGCAAAAUGGUGAUAUUCGUAUGGAGUUUUCUAUACGAUACGAAUCACAUCUUGCAGCUCGAAUCCGAAACGUUUUACACCUGAAACAAGGGAUCAAGGAAGAAGAUGAUGGUGAGACAAAACAAUCAGAAAGCGCACGGAGAUUGGAGGAAGUAAAGAUCGAGAGAGCGCGGAAAGCGGCCGAGAGAAAGGCGAAAUUCUGGGCUGACAACGGUGUGUUCGGAAAUGGAGGAGUCUUCAGUGCACUCCGUAAGAAGGAUUCACGUAUUCCGGAAGCGUAUGAACUGGCAGCGAAAAUGAACGAUCUCUAUUUAGGUCAUGCACAUUUGAUUGCAAAUGUCGAAACGACAACGGCUCAACAAAAUAAUGAACUUAAUGGUGGGAAGAAUGCGAAAAGUUGGACUCGUCGACAGUCUGUAGUUCUACUUGUCGUUCAGCAGAAAAAGUUUAGAAUAUUUACCAACGAGAGAUUGUUCGCUGAAAGCUUACAACGUUUGUGUGCAUACGCAACGAGAGUGAAUGCAAGAAGUGUGCACUUCCCACUACUAGACAACCAAAUGCCUGGCAAAAAUUGGUAUUCCGUGAAACGCCUCAUCAAGAAGCAUCUCACCGAUAAACGAAUCCACACCUAUUUUUACUAUUACCGUCGUCCAACGCCACCUGCAAAACCCCAACAAGGCGUCAAUCAAAAGCACCAAGAUCGAGAACGUAAGCAGCAACACAGCCGUGACAAACGGCAAAAUAACCGUGGUAACAGUAACAAGGUUGAUGGGUCGCAUCUAGAAGAUAGAAGAAGGAAGGAUGGCAGAAAACGAAGGAUGAAUUCAAGUGAAUACGAUGGUGGCGAGGGGACAAGCAAGAACUAUACCACCAAGAAACGAAACGAAAUGAGAAGAAGAUGCAAGGACAAUGAUGAUGAUGAUGAUGAUGAAUCCAAAGUAAUCGAUCGUGAAUUGGAUGCUCAAGAGGGCGAUGAAUUCGAAGAAAUAGUGGAUUCAGAAGAG